GAGCUGAGCUAACCCCUUCUUCUUCCAUUCUCUUCCACCGGCAACGAUGAUUUGCUUUUCACCGGAGUUAUUAUCUUACACUUACUCUCAAGCUGCCGUCGACGGUGACUGAAUUCAUGGGUCGCAGUGGCAACAACGAGGAUGAUGAUUCCGUGGGUACGAGAUGGGCUGUCCUCGUUGCUGGUUCUAAUGGUUACGAUAAUUACCUUCAACAGGCUGAUGUAUGUCAUGUCUACCAAAUCUUGAGAAAAGGUGGAUUAAAAGAUGAAAACAUUAUUGUUUUCAUGUAUGAUGAUAUUGCUUCAAAUGAGGAGAACCCUAGACCAGGCAUCAUCAUUAAUAACCCACGUGGUGAUGACAUUUAUAAAGGAGUUCCAAAGGAUUAUACCGGAGAUAAUGUUACUGUUGACAACUUUUUUGCUGUUCUCCUUGGAAACAAAACUUCCCUUAGGGGGGGUAGUGGAAAGGUUGUGGACAGUGGUCCAGAUGACCAUAUUUUUGUUUUCUAUAUUGACCAUGGUGGUCCUGGGAUGCUUGAAAUGCCUACUGGUGUGCUCUUUGCAAAAGAUCUAAUAGAUGUGUUAAAGAAAAAGCAUGCUUCAGGGACAUAUAAGAGUUUGGUUUUCUAUGUUGAAGCCUGUGAAUCUGGGAUUAUUUUUGAGGGCCUUUUACAUGAAGGAUUAAAUAUCUAUGCAACAACGGCAUCAAGUGCUACAGAGGACAGUCAUGCAACCUACUGUCCUUACACUCUUCCUCCUCCUCCUCCAGAAUAUGAUAUAUGUUUGGGUGACAUGUACAGUGUUGCUUGGAUGGAAGAUAGUGAGAAACACAAUUUGAGGAAUGAAUCUCUGAUGCAGCAGUAUCAGUGGGUGAAAACAAGGACAGCGAAUAAUGGUUCUUAUCUUGGCUCACAUGUUCAGCAAUAUGGGGAUUUAAGUCUUAGUAAGGAGCACCUCUUUCUAUAUAUGGGUUCAAAUCCCAUAAAUGAUAAUUCAAGCUUCAUAGAAGAAAACUCUGCGCCAUCUUUUUCAAUGUCUGUUAACCAACGGGAUGCAGAUCUUCUUCAUUUCUGGCACAAGUUCACUAAAGCUCCAGAAGGCUCUCCCGAGAAACUUGUAGCUCAGAAGCAGUUUGUUGAUGCAAUGUCUCAUAGGAUGCACAUAGACCAGAGUAUUAAACUCAUUGGAGAGCUUUUGUUUGGAAUUGAGAAAGGUCCAGAGGUACUGAAUGCUGUUCGUCCCACAGGACACCCCCUUGUGGAUGAUUGGGAUUGCCUUAAGACAAUGGUGAGGACUUUUGAGGUACACUGUCGAUCUUUAUCCCAGUAUGGAAGGAAAUACAUGCGCUCCCUUGCUAAUAUCUGUAAUGCGGGUAUAAAGGAGCUGCAGAUGGCUGAGGCCUCAGCCCAAGCUUGUGUCAGUAUGCCCUCCAAUCCUUGGAGUUCGCUUCAUAAUGGAUUAUAGAUAUUUUACUGGAAUUGUAUGGAGCCAUUUUUAAUACAUCUUAGAACAUAUAAAGGGCUGGUCUGUAAUAAACUAUGUAAGAUGUUAUUAAUGUUCAUAAAUGAAGGUUAUGUUUGUGCAA